GGAACAUGGUGUGUGCUUUGAUCACAAAAGUUUUCUUAAUCUCUUUACAAGUGGCUGUAUCUGUGUCAUUACUGUAUCAUGGAAUCAACAGGUCAAUGGGAAUCUGACCUGUGAGGGCACCGUACUUGCUCUGAGUGGCAAACCUCCACUGCCGGUAUAAUUAUGACCAUAAGAUCACAUUUGAAGAGAGGGAAUAUUAUAAUCAUUGAGGACAUCGGGAUUAUGUCAAAAGUUUCCCUUUGAAAGAAGGUCAUUGGCUAGCCACACCUUAUUUAAAGUAUUUCUUUGAGCAAGGCAAAUUUGAUUACAAACAUAAAAAGUAUUUCUUUGAUAAUGAGGUGGCUUUUGGAAUCACACGUGUUGAAAUUGGUCUAAUUCUCUCAUUCAUUUUGAUCACUUAUGUCAAUUACUUGGCUUUUGUGAAGAAAGCGUUUAGGAUCUUGUAUAAGGAUGAAGAGGUUCAUAAUAAGCGAACAGGACUUGCCACUUUAUUUGACAAUCCUCGAGAUCAAAAACCAAUCUGGGACAAAGAUGCUAAGCCAAAGAUCAAAAACAUCUGGACUGCUCAUGAAGUCCAAGAUAAGCCAAAUGCAGUUAAAAUAGAAGAAAACACCACCCCUGUAGAGCUUUCUACCGAAGAAAUCCGAGAACUCAGACUAAAACGAUUCAAUAAAAAGCACAACUAGCUUCAUCUUUCCCCUCAAAACACCAUCAAUUUCAAC